AUGCGCUGUGGGUCGCUGCUGGCCCUGCUGGGCAUUCCCUUGGCCAGUGCAUUGUCGCUGGAAAAUACAAAUGCACCCAGUGUGUUCGAAGUGCAGUUCGAGCACGGUUCUCGCGCACCGAGGGCCACUCGUCUGUCGACGCGUGCGGAUAUUUUGGAUCUCGACACGAGCGUCUUGGGUGACUAUUUCUUGCAAACCAAUAUCAGCGUGGGCACGCCCCCGCAGGAAUUGAAUGUCUUAUUCCACACGGUCGGCAAUGAAUGCUGGAUACAGGCAGCCCAUUUGCACGCCUGCGACUUGCUUCGACAUGAGAAGCCCUGUGGCAGCCAUGGUGCCUACAACAGGAGCGAGUCGACCAGUGCCAAGUUCAUUGGCUCUGGCUUUGCUGUGAAUGAUUCAGCCUUCAGAGUCACUGGAGACUUUGUCACAGAUUCCCUGACGAUUGGCAAUGUCAAGCUGGAUGCGAUGAAGCUUGGGGUUGUGAGAGACGGGGUUACUUCGAACGUGCUCGGCCUGGGCUACGGCGAACACAACUCGUCUUCAAUCUCCCUGCCCCAAGCGCUGGCCGAUGGAGAUAUCAUCAAAUCCCCAGCAUUCAGUCUCUGGAUCGAGAAUCCGCAUGGCCGACCUACUCCAGCAACUGCUCAUCGCGGAGCCGGAAGAGUUCUCUUCGGCGGCGUCAACAAGGCCAAGUACGUGGGCACACUCCACACGCUUCCCAUCGUCGACGGGCCUCCGGGCUCGCGCAAGGGAUUCCGAGUCAACAUGACCGGCCUUGCAAUCAACGACACAUCGGCCUCACCAAAGACCUUUCCUAAGGAUGCCAUCUUCGACAUCGGCAUGUCCCUGUCCUAUGUGCCCGAAGCUGCUGCUCGCGAUAUCUUUGCCCGGCUCGGCGUGACCAAUAUCCCAGAUAAGGGACAGGUCUCCAUUCCGUGCAAUGCGUCAGAGCUGAACACCACGCUGACAUUCGAGUUCGGUGCUGCGACGUUCAAUUUCCCUGUCUGGGUGUUUAUGACACAAGAUAGUCUCUAUGGUUCAUCGGAAUAUGAGGACGGAACUUGCUACUUGGGGAUUGCCACAAACAAAGACUAUCUUCACAAAGGGAGUGCAGUAUUUGGGGCAAACUUUCUACGGUUGAUUUACUCGGUCUAUGAUCUGGAGAAUGGUGAGAUCUCGCUGGCAAGGCGCAACUGGACUGGUUUCUCGGACGAUAUUGUCGAGAUCACAACUGGGAAAAAUGCCGUUCCUGGUGCCAGUGCGACCACCACUGAGAAAUCUGCUGCCUUGCAUUACGGAAACCCCGGUGUGAUGCAAGCCCUUUUAGCGGCUGUUGUUGGCGUGUUUAUGUUUCUUUGA